AUGUCAUCGUUUACAACCGAGACACUACGUGAUUUAACAUAUGAUCUAUUGUCGUUAAUAGCUAAAAAUCCGGAAAAGUUUGAUGAAUAUACAGAGGACUAUAUUAAAAAACUACAAUCGAGAGAGGACAUAGAUGAAUUGAGAAAAUAUACAAGGGAAAUAUUCGAAAAACUACUUGUUCUUCAUCAUGUUCAAGCAAAUCCAUUACAACUAAAAGAUUUAUUUCACGAGAAUAUCAUUGCUAUCACUUUUUGGACAUACUCAUGUAUUCAUUGUUUACAAGUUCUACCAAGAUUAAAUAUGGCAUAUAAACGAUUUUCAACAGCUGGAAUUGCUAUGAUCGGUGUUCAUUCUCCAAAAUAUGAACAUGAAAAGAUGAAACUAAAUGUUCGUCAUGCUGUUGAUAGAUUACUUAUUGAAUAUCCGGUAUUGAACGAUAAUGCACUAGCAACAUGGAAAGGAAUUGACAUACAAUGUUGGCCAACUGUCUUGAUUUUGAGUCCAGAUGCUGUGCCUUUGUUAAUAUUAGAAGGAGAAAAUCAUGUUCAACAUUUGGAAACAUUUUUACAACCGUUAUUAACCCAUUAUAAGUCAAGUGUUAGAGCAACAAAUAAAAUAUCAAUAGAAGAUCUUAACACGCAAGCAACAGUUCCAGUUCCAAAGACCACACUUCGUUAUCCGACAUACAUCUGUGUAACAUCUGGUGGAGAAUUAAUUAUCUCAUUUUCUGGUAGUAAUCAAUUGCUUGCAUGUGAUAUGACGGGAAAGGUCGAUACAAUUAUCGGUACUGGACAGGCCGGUUUAGCUGAUGGUGAAUUAAGUGAAUGUGAAUUUGAUUCACCUCAUGGCUUAGCCGAAUAUAAUAAUGUUAUUUACGUUGCUGAUACGAAUAAUCAUGCUAUACGCGCGUUCGAUUUAAAUUCUCGUCGUGUGUUAACAUUAAUUGGAACGGGCAGACAAGGAAGUGAUAAAAUUGGAGGAAUGAAACGAUCACAACAACCAAUUGCUUCACCAUAUGAUGUUUGCUUAGCUGAAUCACCUUUUGACAAUAAACAUGUGUUAUUAAUUGCAAUGGCGGGUAGCCAUCAAAUUUGGGUCUAUGCAUUUGAAGAAACACAAUGGUGGAACAAUAUAGUAUUAUCGAAAAACUCAUGUUCAGCUAUUAUUGGUAGCGGUGUUGAACAAAAUAAAAAUGAUUCUCAACCAAUGGUAGCAUGUUUAGCUAAACCAACUGGAAUAUGUCGAGGUGUCAUGGAUGGAAAACAAGUGUUAUUCAUAUCUGACAUCGGAGGAGAACUUGAUCCAACAAAUUUAUCUGCAUUUGGUGAUUUAGACGGUAGCGCUAUGUCAGCUAAAUUACAACAUCCAACUGGUAUAGCAUUUCAUUAUGAGACAAAUCAUUUGUAUCUAUGUGACACGUACAAUAAUAAACUGAAAUGCGUUGAUGUGCCACAACGUCAAUGUAAAACCUAUUUUCUUCAAGAUACGGAUACGAGAAAGCAGCGUGGAGAAACAAAUUCAGCCAAAUUCAAUGAACCAACGGGGCUUGUGAUAUUUGAACAUUUCAUGUGGGUAGCUGAUACGAAUAAUUCAUGCGUUAAAAGAAUUGAUCUUCAACACGGAAAUGUUGUUAGAGUUCGAUUUGAUCUUAGUGAAACGAGUGAAGAACGAACAUUUAGUUCAAAGCAAGCAUAUUUGACCCUUGUUUUACCAGAAAAUAUAACAUUAAGAGAAAAAGACAGUGGACAACCAGCGGGAACAUGGAAUAUUGAAGAUGAAGAUGGUUUUAAAGUGUGUGAUGGUGAAUUAACUCGUAAUGCGAGUGAUACAUUUCUCCUAGAUUACAUUCCUCGAGACAAAAAUGUUGCUCAAUUAAAAUAUGAACUAAUGGUUUGUGAAGGUGAAAAAUGCACAAUGGUAUCGGGCGAUGUUAAGCCUAUUAAUCAAACAGAUAGUUCAGUUGAAUUUGAAAUUAGAAUUGAUAGUCUCGCAUAA